AGCAAAGCCACAUCGAGCUAUCUGCCGUGUCCAACAAGGGGAAUCGAACCCCUGAUUUUAGCGUGGUAAAUUCGAAGACUUACUGCUGUUCCACUAGGGGGACCUGCGAAGGUGCUUAGACCCGACAGAUAAGUUUAAUACCUGGAGGGUAAAAGAAAGUGGACAGCUGUUUCUUCACUCCAAUCUUUGACUUUUCCAAGAAAUACGUUUAUACAAUCUUGGAAAUCAAAGAGGCUUCUAAUUUUAGAAGAUACGUUUGUGCUCGAACUUUGAAAGAGUAAGUUUUAUGAUACAAAGACUAAAAACAUGGGCUUUUCAAGACAUUGGAAGUUAUUCAUGUACGAGAUAAUAUUUUGUUUUUUCUCAAUUUUUCUUUCUGUUGGACUUGGCCAGUGUCCCGUGAAAUGUUCUUGUAAAUGGAAACACGGAAAACAGACAGCAGAAUGUGGGUCCCAGGGGCUUGAUAGCGUGCCUCAAAACUUAAAACUCGGAACUCAGGUGUUGGAACUCGCCGACAACAACAUUCAAUACUUACCAAGUCGUGUUUUUCAACAGCAGGGUCUGGUUAAUCUGCAGAAAAUUUACUUAUCUGACUGUAAUCUGAGUGGAGUUGCUAAUGACACAUUUUACCAACUAACCAACCUGGUUGAAUUGGAUGUAAGCAGUAACCUCCUCACAACCGUUCCAUCAAUAUCGUUCAGGGAUACUCCUUUCCUCCGUCGUCUGGAUCUGAGCAAGAAUCCAAUAAGAACCAUCAGAAAUAACUCUUUUUCAGAACUUUCUCGUCUUCGCAGUUUAGAACUAAGUAAUUGUCAAAUCGCAAACAUUGAGGUUGGUGCCUUCGUUGGUCUUGAAAGGCUAGAAAAGCUUACUUUAGAUGGAAAUAAGCUUAGAGCAAUACUACAACCUGCCAUUCAAGGCCUUCCGGUAUUUACGCUACAACUUCACAAUAAUCCUUGGCAUUGUGAUUGUGAGCUUCGUAGCUUAGUGGCUUGGAUUUCAACAAAUAAUGUUCCAUACGGUGAGCCUCCUAGCUGCGAUGGACCUUCCCGACUAGCCGGAAGGUUAUGGAGUACUUUGCUGUUGGAUGAGUUUGCUUGUAUUCCAGAAAUGAUCACAACUAACACAGACGUUAUCGUAGAUGAAGGGGGAAAUGGUACUUUGGAAUGUAAUAUACAGGCGAUACCGUGGGCUACAGUAUACUGGGAAAUAGACAAAGUUGCUUUGAAAAAUUUAUCAUCCUCAUCUUUUCCAAGUGGGAAACUUCAUAUUCAAUAUAAAAACUUGAAAGAUUUUCAAACAAGUUUACUCACUGUGAUAACUGUCACCCAAAAAGAUCCGCACGUUUUCACAUGUGUUGCUGAGAAUCGAGCUGGAAUAUCUCGUCAAAACUUUACCUUAUCUGUUGUCGUUCCUCUGGAACAAUCCCCUGGAUGGACAAGAGGUCACAUUUUGGGGACCGCUGUUGGAAUUUUCCUCUUAAUAACCAUUCUUUUGGUUGCUUUUUGUAUAUUUAUCUUUCGACAAAGAGCAGUAAUGACCUCAUCAAACGGGAAGAUGCCAUGGAAUCUCUUUCUGAGAAUCAUUUCUUCUAAGAAACAAGAGACUGUAGAGCCAAACGGUGUGAAGAACGAGAACGAAGAAAAGGAAAUUAGUGCCGACGAGAAACAGCCACGUCGUCAAGAAACUGGAAGUAGUGGUUAUGGCUCAGAUCAACAAACACCCGAUCUCGUUAGCAAAACCAUUGAAGCGAAUAGUUCAGCCAUGUCCUUGUCCUUUCAGCCUUUCCAGCAUCCACCUGUCGAUCUGCUGCAAAACACGGUGAUCAGUGAAGGAUGGAUUAUGCCAAAACGUCCUUUUAAUGCUACACCAGACUAUUCCCGAAUGAACUACACAUACCCAGAUUAUGACAAGAACAGCGACUACAUGGACCCAGAUAACGUUUACUAUCCACACUAUUUAGAUAGAGGAUAUUAUGGAUCACAGGUACCAGAAAACGACAGGGUUAGAACAUUGCGAAUUGAGCACGAGAACACUGUGGAUGGUACUCCCGUAAGAGACAACUCUACUUCUAGGUUUCAGAGUCCAAGUUAUCCCACGUGGAAAAGAAGUCCGUUGGUAGUGCCAGAUAACACCGAGCUCCCUCUUCCGCCAGCCGAGAUUCGUUUCUCACCAGAUGAGGGAUACGCCGAAGGCAUUUAUGAAGGCACGGUGGUGUGAAUCCUCAAAAAAAGGGCCCCGUAUAAAACCCGAGGGAAACGAUUUUGCUCAGAGAUUGUAACAUACAACACACCUGGAAGGGGAUAUCGUGCAUCACGCCCAUUUCUGAUGCGUUUUUAUGUUGUUAUGAAUUAAUGUUUAUUACUAUCUCUCCCGUACAACCUUGUCUUCUGUUCAACGUUUAGUGGAUAAUGGAUUACGUUAUCUAUGCUUUAUCGUAAAUGGUUCUCUCAAUAUUUCAGC